AUGACACGCUACGAAUAUCACGGGCUGGUGGGAAAGGGAACAGGUGAUGAUGGCGAGAAUCAUGAGUACGACAAUGAUGACGAAGAUGACGAAGAUGACGAGGGUUCGCUAUUGGAGGAGGACGACGUGCCUGGAUUUCAAAAGAGGUAUUAUCCGAUCAUGCUCGGCCAGGUCAUUCAAGACAGAUACCAGGUAGUACGAAAAACUUACUGGGACGAAUGUGGGACUGUUUGGUUCUGUCGAGAUCAAAAAACGAACGGCUACAUCACUCUCAAAGUUUCGACGGCUACAUCAACGGAAUUCAAUAACCACUCUGUCAACCGGGAGCUGCGGAACUACCGCUAUCUCCAAUCGAUCAACAGUACGCAUCCGGGAAGGAGCUUCAUUCUCCCACUUCUCGAUACAUUUGAUAUUCCGCGGUCCGAUGGCAAAUUUCACAGAUGCCUCGUUCAUCCAUCAACCGUGUCUUGGGUCCAGGGCUACACGGAUAUCAAAAGCGAAGUGUACUCGGCUCUCCAGGCGCUCGACUUCUUACACAGUGCCAAUAUGACGCACUGCGGUGGUUAUGUAGAGCAGGGAGUUCAGGACGAGCGGGUCUUGGAUGCCAUAGACUAUCAUAAAGCUAACCCCCCCUCGGAGAUCAAGGGCCAUCCCGUUUACAUUUGCGACAGUGUCGUGGUUGAAUCGGCGUCGUACAAGUUCCCAACCCUGUCCAGAUUUAGUACCUCAAUCAUUGGGCCCUUUGACGCAACUGAGGCAGCGCAUCCAGUAUGCUGGCGAGCUCCAGAGUCUCUUCUGCAAACGCGCGAUUGUUCGCAUGCAACCGACAUUUGGGGCCUUGGGUGCUACGUCUGCUCACGGCUUCCAACGUGGGGAGGACUUUUUUCCCCAUACGACAGCGAGGAGGGCGAUCAUUCGGUUUACCUUCAUCUGGCACAAAUGAUAUCCCUCCUCGGGCCGCCGCCGCGAGAGCUUGUUGCAAAAAGCCCUUUGUCGUCUCUUCUGUUCAACAACGGCCGUCAGCUGAUCCCGCCCACCGAACUGGACAUGGAUGCCGUCGAGUCGGCCUUAUAUCCCGGCGAAAGAUAUUGGACAAGCUCCUGGGCCCAGAGAAAGGUUGCCGGAUUGGCGGAAGUGAAAAUGGAAGCGUAUCCACCGCAUCCGCUGCCGGUACGCUCGCUGGAAAAAUUGCCGUGCGUGCUUGAACAGGACGAAAAGGACAGAGACGACUUCGUAGAUUUCUUGCGCCGCACGCUGACCUGGCAGCCCCAGCAGCGGGACACGGCGGCGGAGCUGUUGCAGCAUCCGUGGCUGAAAGAAUUCCGCCACAUGGGCGUGUUUCGCAAGAUAUACUGUAGCUUGCCGACUUACGAGGGGGUUUAG